AGAGGACACAGCAGAGGAAUGAAGCUUCUACUGUUGCUGUCCUUGGGGCUGGACUUGGCCUGGACCCUGCAGGACCAAAGCCAGGUUCCCGUGCAGCCGGGCUUCAGCCCUGAGCAGGUGAUAGGACCCUGGAAGACCCUCAAGCUGGCUUCCAAUGACCGGUCCGUCAUUGAGGAAGAAGGUGCUUAUGAAUGCUUCAUGACUGGUAUUGCUCUCCUGGACAACGGCAACCUGAACGUCAGCUACUUCCACAGAAAAGAUGGGAAGUACGUAAAGGAAUUCUACGUGGCAGAGAAGACUGACACCCCUGGACGCUACACCUUUGACUACCACGGCAAAAACUACCUGACUUUUGUGGCUGUUAAUGAGAAAUAUACCAUCAUAGACUUGGAAAACCAGAGGAACCGAAAGCCCCUCAUCGUGAUGGAGCUCCAUGGCAGGACUGAGGAUGCAGGCCAGCUCGGGAUGGUGCACUACAGGAGGCUAACGGCCAGAAGAGGCAUUUUACCAAGCAACAUUGUGGAUGUUUCCUUGAAACGUGAGCCUCCCUUCUCUGUGGACCCCAGACACAGUGGUAUAGUGACUGUGACUCCUUUGGAAAUCUGUGCUGUAGGACGCAUGAAGGGGAUGGCCAAUGAGAUGUCUGUCUGGGGCUCAGCCAAGCUGGGGCUGAUCUAA